AUGCCCAAGAACCAACUGGCGUAUCUCCCCGACCUCAGCGACCUCCGGUCCGAGGCCAACAUCGAAGAUGCGAUAGUCGGCGAGCCCGGGUGCCGACGAGGAGGAGCGGCUCCGGACCAGUAUUCGGGCUCGGAGUGGGCGUCGGUCAUCGUCUUCGUGAUGAAGAAGAACGGUACCGAUCUCAUGAGCAAUUUUGCCGCCAUCAUGUGGUUCAUGACCUUGGACAUGGCGAGUGGAUUCUGGGCAGUCCCGAUGACAGCCCGAGCCCAGCUGAUCUCGGCGUUCAUUUGCCCGCUCGGACACUUCCAGUGGAGGCGCAUGCCGUUCGGACUCAAGAACGCCCCGUUGAUUUACCAACAACUCUUGGACAACUGUCUCUGGGGUUUCGUCCGGCUACCCCCGGACGAGGAACGACUCGUUGACCCGAAGGUGUUAGAGUUCUUGGGAAUUUCUCCCGAGGACUCGGACGCCCCGAACCGGGUGGCCCCGGAACAGAUGGGGCCUGUGCUGUCCCGGAGUUCGUACAUUGAUGACAUCAUCUACGGAGCUCCCCUCCCGGAGAGUGAAUUCGGAGUCAAGAAGUGCAAGUACCUCGGGCACGACAUAAGCUCGGAUGGAAUCCGGACAUCCCCGAAACUGGCGGAAAAGGUCCUCAACUUCCCUUUCCCGAAGACCCAGAAAGGGGUACAGUCCUUCCUCGGGAGCCUCAACUACUAUGCUAAGUUCAUCGAGGACCUACCCGUGCUCGCGGCCACUCUCUACGAAACAUCGGACGAGCAACUCCGUUUCGGGCGAGAUUUGGAGAAAUCUAAGCAUGCGUUCAAGAUACUCAAGGACCGACUAGUGUCGACACCACUACUCCAGCACCCCGACCCCGGGAGGCAGUACGUAAUCAUAUUGCACGCCAACCCCUGGGCCAUCAGCGCGGUUCUGGGGCAGGACUACGACGACACCAUACUACCCGUGCGGUUCGUGGGACGAAUUCUCCAAGAUGCCGAACUCAGGUACCACCCAGCCGAGAAAGAGGUACUAGCGCUGCUCCGAGUCCUGAACACAUGCCACACUAUGAUUACGAGCUGUUCCGAGAAGAAGAUUCACGUGUAUACCCGGUACUCGGUGCUGGCGUGGCUGUUCAAGUCCAAGACGGUAGAUGGGAGGUGCCUCAAGUGGGCGGUCAACCUGUCUCCCUGGGACCUGGAUAUCCGGCGAGUCGAGAACGAUAAAGACGGCCUGGCAACGAUCCUGGGAGCGGGCAUCACUCCCCGGGAACGCCUCGACGAAGUCGCCGAGACCCUAGUUCCGGACAAGGGUUCCCGGAUCAAGACACCCCCAGUCAGCCUGGAAAUGCCCACAUCGGGCAUCUGCUGA